AUGUCUUCUGCCCAGACGAAAACGCAGCCCAGACAGCCGUGGGCGGCGGCAAUCGCUGCGAAGCCGCCUGCACGGACGGCCAAGCCGGCGCCAAAGACACAGGCUGCCGGAUACGUCCCCGUCAACAACUUCAACAGCCAGCAACUGCAAACCGCCCUGGCCGCUAAGUUCAAGCAGAUAGAGGCGCAGGUGGGCCCUGGUGGCGUCUAUCACGGGUCACCUGCGUGGACGACCAAAAACAAGAAACGCAAAGGCCUCGACGUGCUGGCCGAGCUGUCUAAAAACAUCGAGCAGUAA